ACAGUAUUCAUCCAAGCCACAUUGUAAAGACGGCAGCAAUGAGAUUCACAAGCACAGCCUUGGGGGUGUUCUCCCUUCUUGGCUUCUCUCUGCCGAGUGUUUACGCCGCCAAUGCAACAUUCUUCCCACUGAUGAACAUGACCGACUCCGCCGGUGACCUCAUCCAAGCCCACGGAGGCUGUAUCAUCCAGGCCGGCAACGGUGGCGGCGACUGGUACUGGUUUGGAACAGAUCGGACCGGACAAGCGGCCGACGCUCACUUCGAAGCGGUGAAUUGCUACAAGUCAGCGGAUUUCUCAACUUGGGACUUCGUGGGCCCCGUCCUAACGCCGAUCCCCAAUACAAACAUCUCGAACUCGUCGGUUCUGCAGCGGCCAAAAGUCUUGUACAACGACAAGAACUCCGAGUACGUCAUGUGGUGGCACGCGGACAACGCCGACUACAGCGAGGCUGCUGUUGGCGUGGCUACAAGCAAGACGAUCGAUGGGAAAUACGAAUGGAAAGGCAAUUUCCAGCCGUUCGGAAACCAGAGCCGCGAUAUGACGGUCUGGAAAGAUCCUGAUACUCAAGUGGCGUACCUCAUCUACGCUACGAACAACAAUGCCGAUUUGUCGAUUGCCCGCCUUACUGACGAUUAUCUCAACGUCUCCAAGACGCUGUAUACGUUCCACGGAGUGUAUGAGGAAGCUCCGGGUGUGUUCAAGAUUGAUGGGAAAUUCUACCUUGUCGAGAGCCCUCAGAACGGAUGGACUCCCACGAACAACGCGUACUACGUCGCGUCCUCGAUGUCGGGCCCCUGGUCGAAAUCGACUCUUCUCGCUCCCGACACCGCAUAUACAUAUCUCACCCAGAACACAUACGACAUUGUCAUCAAUGGCACCUCCCAGCAAUUCUAUCUUUAUCUCGGUGACCACUGGAAUGGAAACCAGCUCGCGACAUCUUCCUACGCUUUCUACCCCGUGAUACACAAAGGGAACAGCCUGUCCAUCCACUACACUGGUGGAUGGACUCUCGAUGCCGCCACAGGAGUGUGGACCGAUCUGCCUUAUGAACUAAUCACCGCGAAGAUGUCGACAACCUCAAGGAAAACUCUGGUAGCUUGCGGCGAUGGUUGCGCCGGAGGCAAGGCGGCCAACAUGACCAGCUCCACCAAUUUCUCAUUCACUUGGAACGGAUCCGCGGGUGCCAAAGUGCUGCAGAUCGUGUACACGUAUCCUGGUCCGAAUAACGAUUUUCAACAGAUAGGUGUGACCGUUGACGGGAAAGCUGCUCCAGGGAACGCUCUCAUGGAGUCGACUCUCGGGACGAGCUUUGGGCAGAUGGCUCCGUUUCCGGUGACGCUGAAGAAAGGGAGCAAGGUGGUCUUGAACUUGUUAGAUUACGACGGAACGGCGUUCUUAGUCGAUGCCGUGAGAGUCUAUGAUAGCCCGACGGCGGCUCCACCGGGGUAUUAGGGGUUUGUGUGUCGACAAUAAACCGCGGGAUCGUUUUUCAGAUUAUCUAGAUAUAGCCCUUAGCUAAAUGUCCGAUCAGAUUCCCCG